AUGUCAGCAUUGAGCGGGGCUGCCAAUCCCGAAUAUGCCUCCACUCCCUCUCUUCUUACACAACAGCCGCACCAGCCGUGCAUGCGUCUCGGUCAGGCGAGCGAUCCCACCGUCGCUUUGGAACAACACCCACCCACCUCAUUCUCUCGUUUCGGAGCACUCGGAAGCUGUUGCGUCUCGAUCACCAUGUCGGGACAGCCAUCGACGUCUGGCGCACAGGCCGCUGCGAACGAGCCGCCGCUGUCGGCGCUCAGCACCUCUACGCUCGGUUCGGCUCCCAAGCGUGUGCGACACCGUGAGGAACAGAUCGAGUCGGCCUACGAGCUCCAACGUAAUGCGGCAAUGAAAGGCGCAUUGUUGUACACGGCACUUGGAGCGUCGACAUGUUUCAUGGCACACCACCUCUUCCCUGGGUUUCGGCGACAAACUCUCGCGCUGAAGGGAUUCCUCACAUCGGGCGCGACGAUCUUUGGCUUUGUCGUGGGCGCGGAUACGGUGCUGCUCAGCCAUGAGUCGCAGCAGCGCAGCGAGGAGAAUAUGGUGCGCAGCCGUGCGCGGGCCGAGCUUGGAAAGAAGGGCAUCGUGGCGAGCGAAAAGGAGAUCGAAAAGUGGAAGGACGAGUACAUUCAGCUUAAACUAGAGGAACGCAGAAAGAGGAGAGAGCAGCUGCUAAGAGAUAUGGAACAGUCAGACAGAGCGGCAGCAUCUCCACCACCAGCUUAA